AUGUCUCAAGUCGAAUCUGCCUUGUCCUACGCCGCCCUCAUCUUGGCUGACGGUGAAGUUGAAAUCACCCCAGAAAACUUGUACACUUUGGUCUCCAAGGCUAACAUCAGUGUUGACAAGAUCUGGGCCGACAUUUACUCCAAGGCUUUGCAAGGUCAAAACAUCAAGGAAUUGUUGACCCAAAUGAGCGUUGGUGCUGCCCCAGCUGGUGCUGCUGGUGCCGGUGCUGCUGCUGCUGGUGCCGCUGAAGAAGCUGCCGCUGAAGAAUCUGAAGAAGAAGCUGAAGAAUCCGAUGAUGACAUGGGUUUCGGUUUGUUUGACUAA